AUGUGGCCGGAGAUGAAGGCGUGGGCCUCCAUGGCCGACAACGACCCGCUGAAGCGUGGCUCAUCGUCGGCGACGCACCCGUCCAGCCCGCUGCGCCGCAUGAGCCCUACGACGAUGGCCAUGGGCGGCCUCCUCGUCAUCGGCACCCUUGGCUACUUCAUGCUCAGCAAGGACGACAGGCGCAAGGCCAGGGACAACGAGCGCCUGGCUCACCGUCCUUGA